AAGAAGAUAAUCAAUAAGUACUUUUAGUUGAGAGACAAACGUGUACAUGACAACUUCGUGAUAAAUCAUACAGACGUUAUUAAUAAUUAAAAAAAAAAUAAAAUAAUUAAAUUUUCUAUAUAAAAAUUAAUAACCAUUUGUAUUCUUCCAAUUACAUAACUAUUUUUUAAAUUAUAUAUAUUUUUUUAAAUUAAUAGAAAUAAAUUUAGAUAAUAUAUUUUGUUAUUUCUUUAAAAAUUUAUUGUUGCUUUGUUUACAAAUUUAAUUUGAAUAUGAGUGACAAAGUGGAAUAUUCUUAUCGCACAAUUUUUUACGAAUUUUGGUUUGGAUUUCAUGCAAUGAUUGGGAUGAUUGGUCCUGGAAUGAAUAUUGGAUAUUCAUCAGUGGCACUUCCAGUAUUGACAAGCGAUAAAAAUGAAACAAUUGGAUCAAAUUAUUUAUAUGAUAAUGAACAAUUAGCUACGUGGUUUGCAUCAAUAAUUGCAAUUGCAAAUUUAAUUGGAUGUCUUUUUUGUGGAAUAUUAAUGAAAACUGGAAGAAAAAAUUCAAUGAUUUUUGUUAGUUUUUUGUGUACUAUUGGUUGGCUUGUCAUUGCAACAAGUAAUAAUAUUCCACAGCUUUUAAUUGGCCGAUUUAUAACUGGAUUUUCAACUGGUGUUGUAUCAACACCAACAAUUGUUUAUUUAGCUGAAAUUUCAUUACCACAACAUCGAAUAAUCAUGACAACUUCAUCGAAUUUUACAUUUUCAAUUGGUGUCAUGUUGAUUUAUUUACUGGGUUUUAUUAUACCUAAUAAUUGGAGAUUAAUUGCAUAUUUAGCUGCUUUAAUACCAGCAAUAUCAACAAUAUGCAUUGCAAUAUUUAUACCAGAAAGUCCAAUGUGGCUUUUACACAAAGGAAAUGAAAAAAAAGCUAGAAAAUCAUUAUUUAAAAUACGUGGAUUAAAAAUUGAAACAGAAGAAUUUAAAGAUGAAUUUAAAAAAAUGAUUGAUUAUAAUAAAAAAAUUAUAAUUGAACCAAUAAAUAGUAUUUUCAAUGGUAUUGAUAAUGUUGAAUUAAAUAAAGUUAAUAAAAAUUCAAUUGAUUCAUCAACAAGAUCAAAUUCAUCAUCACGUUUAUCUGUUGCAUUAAGAAGCUUUUUAAAAACAUCAAAAAAACCAGAUGUUUGGAAACCAUUUAUUAUUUUAAAUACAUAUUUUUUUUUUCAACAAUUUUGUGGUAUUGCUUCUGUUGUUGCUUAUGCUGUUGAUUUUGUUGAACAAAGUGGUGUUAUUGCUGAUCCAUUUUUUAUAACAGCAUUGAUUGGAAUGCUACAAAUUAUUGCAGCAUUAAUACUUGUUUUAAUGAGUGCAAAAAUUGGAACAAGACCAAUUUCUUUAAUUUCCGGUGUUGGAAUGAGUAUUUCAUUGGCUUUUUUAAUAAUUUAUUUAAAAUUUAUCAAAGGAGAACAUGAAAAUUACACGAGUAUUCCAAUAAUUUGUCUUUUUACAUUUGUUUUAACUGGACAAUUUGGAUUUGCUGCAAUUCCAUGGACAUUACUUGGUGAAUUGUAUCCAACAAAAUACGUCAAUAUUUUAGGUCCAUUGACAACAUGUCUUGGUGGAUUUUUUAAUUUUAUAACAAUACAAAUUUAUCCGUCAUUAGUUGAUAUUGGAAUGAUAACAACACUUUGUAUUUAUUGUUUAACAUCAAUUAUUGCAACGAUAUUUAUUGCAUUAUUUUUACCAGAAACACGUGGAAAAACAAAUCAUGAAAUUGAAGAAAAAUUUAGAAAAAAAUAACAUAUUUUUAUUAAAAAAAAAAAAAAAAAUAAGAAAUUUUUAUUAAAAAAAAUUAUUGUAUUUAAUAAAUUAACAAUUCUUGUUUAUC